AUGGAACCUCUCGGUCGGCAAUACAGUCGCAAGGACAAAUCUCUGGGGCUUCUAGUCAUUAAAUUCCUGAAUCUGUAUAAUCGAGACGGUGUUGAUCUGAUUGGGCUCGAUGAUGCUGCCGGAAAAUUAGGAGUUGAGCGGCGGAGAAUUUAUGAUGUGGUUAAUAUACUGGAGAGUAUUGGGCUUGUAGCGAGAAGAGGGAAGAAUCAGUAUUCGUGGUUAGGUUUUGGAGAAGUCCCUCGUGCUCUCGAUGAACUUAAAGAAGCAGGAAUGCGUGAGAAGACUGCGAUCGUCCCAUAUGCGAUUGACUCAGAGAUGGUCGUUUAUGACCAAGUCAAAGUAGAACCUUUGCAGUUAACUCCCGAUGAUCAAGAGAACUCACCGUCCCCCAAACUUGAUGUCAAGAAGGAGAAAUGUCUCUGGAAUCUUGCACAGAACUUUGUGAAGCUUUUUCUAUGCUCUGAGUCUGAUGAUGAUCUGAUCACGCUUGAUGGCGCUUCAAAGGCAUUGCUGAAUGACCCUCAGGAGCCCAUGAAUAUGAGAACUAAAGUUAGACGCCUUUAUGACAUUGCAAAUGUGUUUUCCUCAAUGAAAUUAAUCGAAAAGACUCAAAUCCCAGAGAGUAAGAAAGCAGCAUAUAGGUGGUUGGGAUACGAAGCCAUGUUAGAAAACAAUGCCCCUGCUGCUCCUGCUCCUGCUAGCUUAUGUGCUCGUAAUGAGCCUAAAAAGCGGGCAUUUGGAACCGAGCUUACAAACGUGAACACAAAGAGAAACAAGACAGAUGGUUCUAAAGACCUCAAACCUUAUGGAAACCAAAACACUUCCGUUAAGAUCGAGCAAGAAGAAGGUGAUGUGAAACCGGACUUGAAGAAGAGCUCAGUGUCCGGACCAAUCACUCCAGCAGAAACUUCUAAGAUGAACAACAAUAUCGGAAGAAGACUUGUAGAUCUUGAGAGACUUUCUGCUACCUACAGGCCUCAAUAUUGCAAUCCCGAGUUAUUUGGUCUUCUUGGGCACUACAAUGAGACAUGGAAGACAUGGCAUGCAGAGAAUUACCUGUACAAUAUUGAACAGUUCUCGUAA